AUGGCUUUCGUCACGAAGAAGGACACUGGCUUGAAGACGAUCAUCAAGGGCUUCCUCACUGGCGGCACUCAGGCCGCCAUCACGUACCCGACCGAGUUUGUCAAGACCCAGCUGCAGCUCCAGUCGAAGACCGCUCCCGAGUACUCGGGCAUCGCCGACUGCUUCAAGAAGGUGUACGCCAAGCACGGCAUGGGCGGCCUCUACGCAGGGGCCCCCGUGCGGAUCAUCGGCGCAGGCUUCCAGCAGAUGUUCCGCUGGGGAGCCUACACGAACCUGGCGGGCGUCGCCCGCGACCCCGCGACCGGCAAGCUGAGCCCGUUGAUGACCACGCUCUGCGGCCUGGGCGCGGGCAUCUGCGAGGCCGUCUGCGCCGUGACCCCCGUCGAGACGCUCAAGACGCGCGUGAACGACGACAUGCGCCGAGGCACCGGCAACUACAAAGCACCGGGGACGCGCUCGUGA